GUCCAAGCGCACGUACCAUGAAGAAAAUAUUACUCGAGGCUGUCUUGCCGACACAAAAACUUCGUUAUUGCGAUUUUUGAGGGAGGAUUGUACAUUGUUCGCACCAAGCAACUGCAUUCUUCUAGCGUCAAAUAAAAUAUGAAGAGAGAGAGCGAACAGUCAAUGCAAUUUGGGAAGGAGAGCGUAUUGUUUACCUACAGACUCAUCCCUGUUGUUCACCUGGCGUGUGGACGAACAGCAGAAACUUCUGCUUGUCUGCCAAAACAAAGCCAAUCGUUAAAGGGAGCACACGUACAGCUGUUAUUUAUUUAAGGAAUAACUGCCAGACAUUCGCAAAAUUAAAUUAAAUUAAUUUUACUUUGAUUGGAAAGUAGGAAAAAUGGUUGAGGGCGGCAGUUUGAUUGUUUGCUAUCGGAAGCAAAUAAGUAACAUCCAUUACGAGGCCACAAAUCGUUACGAACAGAUCAUUAAGUUGAUUAUUCAGCGCUUCAAUAUUCCCGCCUCGCAUGAGACAGCUCUGCUGAUCUCCACUGAAAACGGCAGAAUUUUUGAUAAGUUGCAGUUCGACUACUUCCUCACGCUCUUCCCGAACCCCAGCAUGGUUUUCUACAUACGUUAUGAUUACAAUCGUGCAGUCGGCAUCUUGCAGUCAACGCAACCGCAAGAGGAUGUAGCAAAAACAACAAUAGAGAGUUGUGAUAUUCAAAUGAAAAACAAAAGUGAGAAUCAAGUUGGUGAAAAUGAUGAUCAAUGUGCAUCGAAGUUUACACCAGUAUAUCGUAUGAAUUGCUUCAUCUACGAAUAUCCUACAACAGCUAUAAAUUUAACAAAUGACAGCGCUAAGAAACAGAAAGCUAAUAUGAAGAAACAGUCUCCGCGUAGCGAAUUUGUGAAGCGCGUGAAAAAGCGUUUGCAAAUCAGUGAAUUGAAAAAGCGUACAAUGAAGCCUUUGGCGCAAGUAAAGCGCUUUAUGCGACUAUGAGCGGUAGGAUAAAGAGAAAAUCUUAGCUA